GAGCGGCACCGGAGCGGCUGCGGGACGCCUCGGCGGGGUCGAGUCCUGCGGGAUGUGAGCGCGGGACGCGCGGGGAUUAAGGCGCCCGCUGCAAAGGAGAUCGAGCCGCCCUCUGCUCUGCAAACCACCAGCCAUGGAGCAGAUGAAGGGGUCAGCGGUGCUUCUGCUGGAGCUGCUAAUUCUCGGAGGCCUGAGAGCAGGGAAGGGCUCUGCUGUCCUUGGCACCCUGGAUCUACAAAUAGAUGAGGAGCAGCCAGCUGGCACCAUCAUUGGGGACAUCAGUGCUGGCUUGCCCCCUGGAACUAGUGCCUACAUGUAUUUCAUCUCAGCACAGGAGGGCAGCGGUGUCACUACCGACCUGGGGAUAGAUGAGAACACCGGUAUCAUCAAAACAGCACGUGUCCUGGACAGAGAGACUCGGGACCACUACAGCUUCAUUGCUGUAACCCCGGAGGGCAUCACGGUAGAAGUGAACAUCCAAGUGAAUGACAUCAAUGACCACGCUCCAGCCUUUCCCAAACAGCACAGCACCUUCCAGAUCCCGGAGCACACCCCCGUGGGCAGCAGAUUUCCCUUGGACCCAGCCUUCGAUGCUGACAGUGGCCUGCUCAACACACAAGGCUACGUGAUCAAGGCGGGGAACGUGGGGCAGGCCUUCCGCCUGGAAACGCGCCGAGGGCCCAAUGGGGUCCUGUACUUGGAUCUGGUGGUCAGCAACGUCUUGGAUCGGGAGAACCGCUCGUCGUACUCGCUGCUACUGGAGGCCUAUGACGGGGGCUCUCCCCCCCGCAGCACCCAGAUGAUGCUGGAUGUGGCCGUCCAGGACAUCAAUGACAACGCUCCUGCCUUCAACCAGAGCCGCUAUCACACUCUCAUCUCGGAGAAUCUGAAGCCUGGCAGCAGCAUCUUGCAGGUCUUUGCCUCCGACGCGGAUGAAGGCGACAAUGGAGACGUGGUGUAUGAGAUCAAUCGGCGGCAGAGCGAUCCCGACCAGUACUUCACUAUCGACUCCCGGACCGGAGUCAUCAAGCUCAACAAGGGUCUGGACUAUGAAGUAAGGAAGGUGCACGAGCUGGUGGUGCAGGCCAGGGACAAAGCUGUCCAUCCCGAGGUCACCACAGCCUUUGUCACCAUUCACGUGCGUGACUACAAUGACAACCAGCCCACUAUGACCAUCAUCUUCCUGAGCGAGGAUGGCUCCCCGCAGAUCUCCGAGGGAGCCCAGCCCGGGCAGUACGUUGCACGCAUCUCCGUUUCUGACCCAGACUAUGGCGAGUACUCCAACGUCAACGUCACGCUAGAGGGAGGGGAUGGCAAGUUCGCCCUCACUACCAAAGACAACAUCAUUUACCUGAUCUGUGUGGACCAGCUGCUGGACCGGGAAGAAAGAGACUCCUACGAUUUGCGGGUGACAGCUACCGACUCGGGGACACCCCCGCUGCGGGCAGAGUCGGCCUUUGUGCUGCAAGUGAUGGACAUCAACGACAACCCUCCGCUCUUUGACCAGCAGGAGUACAGGCAGAGCAUCCCUGAGGUGGUGUACCCGGGCAGCUUCGUGCUGCAGGUGACAGCUCGUGACAAGGAUCAGGGCCCCAACGGGGAGGUGCGGUACAGCAUCUUGCAUGGCCGGGACACGCACUCCAGCUGGUUCUCCAUCGACCCUGCCACGGGCAUCAUCACCACCGCUGCCCCACUGGAUUACGAGAAGGAUCCCCAGCCGCAGCUGACUGUGCUGGCCACAGACAGGGGAACCCCUGCCCUCUCUUCUUCAGCUGUCGUGCACGUGGCCCUGCAGGACGUCAAUGACAACGAACCAGUGUUCAGGAGUAACUUCUACAACGUGUCCCUGAAGGAGAACACUCCUGUUGGGACCUGCUUCUUACAGGUGACAGCCACAGACGCAGACAGCGGCACGUUUGGCUCCCUUUCCUACUCCAUCGGCUCUGGCAUCGGCAGCGUCGUCCCCACACAGUUCAGUGUCGACAAGCACACAGGCCAGCUGUGCACUGUGCAGCCUCUGGACCGUGACGAGGGCACGGCUGCCUACGACUUCACCAUCACUGCUGUCGAUGGGGGCGGCCUCAACUCCAUGGUGUACGUGAAGGUUUUCCUGGAGGACGUCAACGACAACCGUCCGGUGUUCUACCCGCUGGAGUACGCUGCCAGCAUCAGCACCCAGAGCAUGCCAGGCACGGCCGUGCUGCGCGUGGCCGCCCACGACAAGGACGAGGGGCUCCACGGGAAGGUCACCUACCGCAUCGUCCUGGGGAACUCACCUCCCCUCUUCUCCCUCAACAAGGACACGGGUGUCAUCUCCCUCUCAUGGUCCCUGAGUGGCAAAGCCAACACGCUGGUGCAGCUGGUGAUCUCGGCACAAGACGGUGGGGGCCUGCAGGCACAGCCCAACGCCCGGGUGAACAUCAGCAUCGUGGAGGGCACGGUCUCACCCCCUGUCUUUGAGCAAGCUCAGUACUUCUUCACAGUGCCCGAGGACACGCCACAGGGUGCCAGUGUGGGGGCUGUCUGGGCUCAGAACCCUCCAGGUCACGCCGAUGACAUCUUUUACUCCAUCUCCGCGGGGGAUCCUCACGGCUACUUUUCCAUCGACUCCGCGUCCGGGCAGCUCCGCACCAGCCUGCCCCUGGAUCACGAGUCGCAGGCAGUGCUGGUGCUGGACGUGCAGGCCCGGAGCGGCUCUCCUCCCGCCUACAGCAACACGCGCGUGCAGAUCUCCGUGUCAGACGUGAACGACAACGCGCCGACGUUCCCGGCGCCCACCGACUCCAUCCUGCUGCCGGAGGCCACGGAGCCCGGCACCACGGUGUACACGCUGCAGGCCGAGGACCGCGACAGCGGUGCCAACGGCCAGGUGACAUUCGAGCUGGCGUCCGGAGGCGACGGCGCCUUCGGCGUGGAGCGUUCCUCGGGGGCGGUGCGGCUGCUCGUGGCCCUGCAGUACGAAGCCGCGGCAGCCUACAACCUGGCCGUGGUGGCCCGGGACAGCGGCGUUCCCCAGCUCAGCUCCACCUUCACGCUGCUGGUGCACGUGCAAGCUGAGCACGACGAUGGGCCCAUCUUCGACACGCUGACGUACCGCGUGGAGGUGCAGGAGGGGGCCCCAGUGUCCACGCGCUUCCUGCAGGUGCGGGCCCUGGCGCCCGCCGUGGCUCCCGCCGCCGUCACCUACCACCUGCGUGCCGACGGCGACGCCGCCAGCUUCGGCAUCGAGCCCGACAGUGGCUGGCUCUACGUCAAGAGCGCGCUGGACCGCGAGACGCGGGAGCUGUACGUGCUGACCGUACUGGCCUCGGCCUCGGGCCCAGCCCCGGCCGGCGCGGACGCCCGCAAGACGGGCACCAGCACCGUCCGGGUCAGCGUCACGGACGAGAACGACAACAGCCCCCGGCUGAGCGAGGAGCGGUACUUCUUCACUGUGUCUGAGAACCAGGCUCCCGGCAGCAGCGUGGGCAGGGUGAUGGCGAGUGACCGGGACGCUGGGCAGAACAGCCGCCUCACCUACCGCCUGCUGCAGCACGACCACAACUUCCUCAUCCACACGCAGACAGGAGAGCUCAGCACCAAGCACAGCCUGGACCGGGAGCAGCAGUCCAGCUACCAGCUCCUGGUGAUCGUGCAGGACGGGGGAGCGCCGCCCCGCAGUGCCACCGGCACCGUCUACAUCACCGUGCUGGACGAGAACGACAACGCGCCCGCGUUCCUGCACGUGGCCAGCGGCCAGGAGCUGCCUGUGCAGGUGCUGGAAGAGAAGCCAUCGGGACUUCUGGUGGCCUCCUUGCAGGCCAAGGACCCUGACGAGGGUGAGAAUGGGACCAUCGUCUACUCACUGAUAGGGGCCUGGGCAGAGCGUUUCACGCUGCACACGGCCACGGGCGAGCUGCGGACGGCCACGGUUCUGCGCCGCUCCGAUCGCGCCGAGUACCUGCUGACAGCGACAGCCAGCGACCGCGGCACGGAGCCUCGCAGCACCUCGGCCAUCAUCCGCAUCCAGGUGCUGCCGUCCUCCCGGGUGCUGCCGCGGCCCGAUGCCACCGUGCUGACCCUGCACCCUCUCGAGGGCGUCAAGCCAGGGUCUGUGAUCGGCUCGGUGGCCCCUCCAGAUGCCCCUGCCCGGGGACAGCUGACCUACACGGUGGUGGGAGGCGGCGGGGACGGCACCUUCGUGGUUGACAGCGUGACGGGGGAGAUUUAUGCCGCGCGGGAGCUGGACUAUGAGGCCGGGGCACGGCACGUGCUCCAGGUGAGCGCCGAGGACAUGCAGCACGGCUACCCCUCCAGCCGGCUGGUGCUGGUGCACAUCCACGUGCAGGACUGCAACGACCAGGCGCCCACCUUCCCCGAAGACCCCAUCACCAUCGUGGUGCCCGAGAACACCCCGGCCGGCUCGUCCAUCUUCACCUUCCAGGCGCUGGAUGGGGACGGCGUGGGGCCCAACAGCCAGGUGCGCUACGCCCUGCUGCACCAGGAGCCCCCCGGCGCCGCCUUCCAGCUCGACAGCCGCUCCGGGCUGCUCACCCUGCGCCGGGGCCUGGACCGCGAGGCCGCUGCCUCCUUCCUGCUGGUGGUGGAGGCCACGGACCAGGCGCGUAACGCCAGCCAGCGCCACUCGGCAGCCGUCACGGCGCGCGUCUUCGUCACGGACGAGAACGACAAUGCGCCCGCCUUCCUCUCGCCCGCCGCCGUCAGCGUCAUGGAGGACCAGCCCACUGGCUUCGUGGUGCUGCACGUGGUGGCCCAGGACAGCGACCUGGGCGAGAACGGGCGCGUGAGCUACUCAGUGCGAGCGGGCAACAGCGACAGCCGCUUCCACCUGAACCCCAGCACUGGCGCGCUCGCCAUCGUGCGGGCCCUCGACCGGGAGGAGGUGGCGCAGCACAACCUGACCGUGGUGGCCACAGACCACGGCUUCCCGCGCCGCUCUGCCACGCAGCUGUUGUCCGUGCGUGUGCUGGACGUCAACGACGAGGCUCCCGUCUUUGAGCAGCCGGAGUACAAGGCGCACGUCAUGGAGAACCUGCCGGCUGGCAGCCCUGUGCUGCAGGUGCUGGCCACAGACCGCGACCUGGGUGCCAAUGGGCAAGUGUCCUAUGGGAUUCUCUCUGGGGGGCCGUUCUCCAUCCACCCACAGACAGGGCUCAUUGUCACCACACAUGCCCUGGACCGCGAGGAGCAGGAGCAGUACAUGCUGACAGUCUACGCCCGGGAUGGCGGCCUCCCGCCCAGCCUCACCAAGGCCACCGUGCGGGUGACAGUGGGGGACGAGAACGACCACACACCACACCUGGAGAGCACGUCCUGCUCCGUGGAGGUCCCUGAGAACCAGAGCCGUGUGGCUCUCUACACCCUGCGGGCCACCGACCCGGACGGAGGCGAGAACGGGCGCCUGGAGUACCGUGUGGCAGACGGAGACCCUGGGCAGGAUUUCAGCCUAGACCCAGUCUCCGGUGUCCUUUCCACGGCACGCGCCCUUGACCGGGAGCAAGUGGCUUCCUACAGCCUCACGGUGGUGGUGCAGGACCACGGCAGCCCCCCACGCAGUGCUACCAUGUCAGUCAGCGUGCGGGUGCUGGACCUCAACGACAACGCGCCCAGCUUCGCGCAGGUCUCCUACACCGUGGAGGUGCCAGAGGACCUGCCCAUUGGUGCCCUGGUGCUGCAGCUGGUGGCCGAAGACCCUGAUGAGGGCACCAACGGGCAGGUCUCCUACUACCUGGGCAACGAGUCGCUCGGCAUGUUCCAGGUGGAGCCACAGAGUGGGCACGUCAGGAGCGCCCAGGCACUGGACCGGGAACGCCACCCCACGUACAGCUUCCUGGCCAAGGCUGUGGACUCGGCGCCGUGGGAGCCCAAGAGCUCAGCCGUGCGCGUCACGGUCACGGUGCGAGACGUCAACGACCACGCUCCUGCCUUCCUGCACAACCCCCUCACCGUCAACCUGUCCCGCCACACGCCGCUCAAGCAGGUCGUGGCCACCAUGAGGGCAGAGGACAGGGACGCGGGUGCCAACGCCUCCAUCCUGUAUCGCCUCGCCACCCCCAACUCUGCCUUCGCCAUUAACUCCUACACGGGAGACAUCCAGCUGCUGCAGCCCCUGGGCUCGCUCAGCCAGCGCCAGCGGACGCUCUUCGUCCUGGCCACGGACCUGGGGCAGCCGCCGCUGUCCUCCACCGGCGUGGUGGUGAUCCAUCUGCAGGAGGAGCCCUAUCGGGGGCUGCGCUUCCCCCGCAGCACCAGCGACGUGGCCCUGCCGGAAAACGCUGCCCCAGGCACAGCCGUGGCGAGCAUCCAGGCCACACACACCGGUGGCUCCUCGGGCCGCAUCACCUACAGCAUCGUCAGUGGCAACGAGAGGAACACAUUCCGCAUCCAGCCUGGCUCAGGUGCCAUCUCGGUUCAGGACUCCAGCAGCCUGGAUUUUGAGGCCAGCCCCCGGCUGCGCCUCGUGGUCCAGGCAGAGACAGCAGCUUCCUUUGGCUUCAUGGCAAUAAACCUGAACCUGCAGGAUGUGAACGACAACCUGCCACGCUUCCAGCUGCAGAACUACGUGGCGUUCAUCUGGGAGUCACAGAGCUACGACUCGCCGGUUAUCCAGGUCCUGGCAGACGACCUGGAUCAGGGAGCAAACGGGCAGGUGACUUACGCCAUCAACCAGUCCCUGCCAAUGACAGGCCUGUACCACAUUGACCCUCAGACUGGCACAAUCACCACUGCUGCCAUCCUGGACAGGGAGAUCUGGUCCCAGACACGGUUGGUGGUCACGGCGAUGGACAGAGGGACUCCGCCGCUUGUGGGCUCUGCCACGCUGACUGUCGUGGUGAUGGACGUCAACGACAACAGCCCCACCAUCCCCUUUCCCUGGGAGGUGCGGGUGCCAGAGAACACACUGCUGGGCACCCAGAUAGCCCACCUGACAGGGAACGACGUGGACUCGGGCCCCGCGCUGUCGUACUCGCUGCAGCUGGACGGGGACGCCGUGGGCACGUUCAGCGUGCUGCGCUACGGGGGCCGCAUCGCGCUGACGGCGCCGCUGGACUACGAGCAGCGCAGCCGCUACACGCUCACGCUGCGCGCCUCGGACAGCCGCCACGACACCGAGGCCAACCUCACCGUGCUGGUGGAGGACGUCAACGACAACGCGCCCACCUUCAGCCAGGGCUUCUACCAGGUGACGCUGCCGGAGCACACACCUGCAGGCAGCGCCAUUCUCACCGUGAGCGCCACCGACCCAGACUCGGGGAGCAACGGGGACGUCACCUUCCACCUGGCCGUGCCCAGCCCCGAUGUCGCCAUCGACUCCAGCAAUGGGACCCUCUUCACCAUCCGGCGGGUGGAAUUCGACGCCAGCCAGCCCACCCUGGACCUGGUGGUGGAGGCCCGCGACCGGGGCUCUCCCAGCCUCUCGUCCUGGGCCACGGUGCAGCUCCAGGUGCUGGAUGUGAACGACCACAGCCCCAGCUUCCAGGUGCCACGCUACAACGCCAGCGUCCCCGAGGACCUGCGCCCGGGCACCACUGUGCUGACGCUCGAGGCGGGCGACGCCGACCUGUCCCGCCAGAACGCCGGCUUCGACUACACCAUCGUCAGCGGCAACGGCGGCAACGCCUUCCAGGUGGAGAGCCGCGUGUCCUGGGCAGGGGGGCAGCUCCGCACGCAGGGAGCCCUGGUGCUCGUGGAGCCCUUGGACUUUGAGGCCAUCCCAGUAUACAACCUCACCGUGGCAGCCUCGGACCGGGGCCUGCCGCAGCGCAGCGCCACGGUGCCCGUGCUCAUCACGGUGCAGGACGUCAACGACAACGCGCCGGUGUUCGCUCGCGCCGAGUACCGCACGGCGGUGAGCGAGAGCGCGCCGCCCGGCACCGAGCUGCUGCGCCUGCUGGCCCACGACGCCGACUCGGGGCCCCGCGGCCGCGUCCGCUACGCCAUCAGCUCAGGCGACCAGCACGGGCUCUUCCAGCUGCACGAGAGCACGGGGGCCCUGUGCCUGGCACGGCCCCUGGACCGGGAGGCCCAGGCCCUGCACGCGCUUGUGGUGCAGGCCACGGACGCGCCGGGCGGGCACUUUGCGCUGGUGCCCGUGGCCAUCGAGGUGAAGGACGUCAACGACAACAAGCCGUACUUCCCGGUGGAGGUGCUGAGCGCCAGCCUGCGCGAGAACCUGCCCCCCGGCACGCUGGUCACCACGCUGCGCGCCAUCGACGCCGACACCGGCGUGUUCGGGGAGCUGCACUACGCCGUGCUGGAGCAGCCGGCUGCGGGGCCCGGCGACGCCUUCGCCAUCAACAGCAGCUCCGGGGAGCUGCGCUCCCGCCUCACCUUCGACUACGAACGAGCCAAAGCCUUCCAGCUCCUGGUCAAGGCCACGGACGCCGGCAACGCCUCUGCCACGGUGACCGUGCGGGUGCUGGUGACGGGAGAGGACGAGUACGACCCCAUCUUCCUGAGCCCCUCCUUCAACUUCGAGGUGCCUGAGGGCGCUCGCAGAGGGCAGAGCAUCGGGCGGGUGCUGGCGACAGAUGAGGAUGAGGGCGCCGACGGCGUCGUGCUGUACUCCCUGGCCAAACCCUCGCCAUACUUUGCCAUCAACCAGACCACAGGCACCAUCUACCUGCGCGUGGACAGCCAGCCCCAGGCCGGGGCCGGCCGCGCCAAGAGGGAGCCCCGCGAGAUGAGCCUGGAGGUGCAGGCGCGCAGCCCCCUGCCCGCCUCGCGCUCGGCGGCCGCCCAGGUCACCAUCGACGUCACGCACACCUCCUUCGGCCUGGCCCCCGACCUCAACCUGCUGCUGGUGGCCGUGGCCGCCUCGCUGGGGGUCGUGGUGGUGCUGGCCGCCGUGGCCAUCGUGCUGGCCCUGGUCCGCUCUCACCACCGCCGCGGCCGCGAGAAGCCGGAGGGGGAGCGGGCGCUGGGCCGCGUGCAGAGCGGCUCCCUGCAGAAGCUGGGCCGCGAGGAGCCGGCGCUUCCCGGCACCGAGCACAUUUACCACCAGGCCCUGCCGGGGUACGGCGCCGAGCCCACGGGGCCCUACACACGCGGCGGCUCGCUGGACCCCUCGCACUCCAGCGGCCGGGGCUCGGCCGAGGCCGCCGAGGACGACGAGAUCCGCAUGAUCAACGAGUACCCGCGCGUGGCCUCCAUCACGGCCUCCAUGCAGGAGCACAUCUCCGCCCGCGGGCCCGACUCCGGCAUCCAGCAGGACGCCGACCAGCUCUCCGACAUCUCCUGCGAGCCGGCGGCGCUGGAGAGCACCCAGUGGUUCAAGAGCAAGAAGGGCUCCGGGCUGCUGCUGCCGGGGCCACCGGCGCCGCUGUACCGCGAGGACGGGGGAGGCAGCGCCUUCCUGGGCGUGCGCUGCGGCCUCGGCGUCUCCUCGCAGCCGCAGGACUACGCCUUCCCCGAGGACGGCAAGCCCUGCGUGGAGGGCUCGCUCACCGCCAUCGUGGCCAGCGACGAGGAGCUCCGCGGCAGCUACAACUGGGAUUACCUGCUGAACUGGUGCCCCCAGUUCCAGCCGCUCGCCAGCGUCUUCACGGAGAUCGCCCGCCUCAAGGACGAGAGCUCCCUGCGCAAGCCCUUCCCGACCAAGCCCAAGGCAGAGCCCAAGCCCCGCAUCGACCCCCCGCCCCUCAUCACCUCGGUGGCCCACCCGGGAGCCAAGUCCGUGCCCCCCAAGCCGCCGCCGGGCAGGACCUUCCCGCACCCGUCCUCCCUGCGCCGCUCGCCCAUCAGCCACGAGGGCUCCAUCUCGUCCUCCGCCAUGUCGCCCAGCUUCUCCCCCUCGCUGUCCCCGCUGGCUGCGCGCUCCCCUGUGGUCUCGCCCUUCGGCAUCUCGCAGGGGCCUUCCGCCUCCGCCAUCAGUGCCGAGCACUCGCUGGAGCCCUCCGAGGAGGCCGAGCUCAGGAUUUAGAGCUGGGCCGUGGACUCGGCUGCCCCGGCCCGCAGCCGUGGGGCCAGGCAUGGGGGCGAGCCCAGGGCUGCUGUGCCUGGGUGCUAAUCCUCCUCUCCCAGCGCCGUGCCUGGCCCGGGCCACCCCGGGCCGUGGGUUCCUGUGUCCCUUGGGGCUGUCGGCGUCUCACUCGCUGCGCUCUGGCGGGUUCGGUGCUGCCCUGUGGACCCGCCGAUCCUGGCGCCAGCACCCCGGGGCGACGGUUCCUUGUACUGCUCGUGGUGUCAGGAUGGUGCUUCAUGGUACUCUGUGCUCUGAGGGAGGCUGGGCACAGGCUGGGCUCCUUCCCUGCUGGGCUGGGGGACUGCAGACUGCAGCCACGCAGCAGCCUGGGUGCCGCAGGACGCUGAGCUGGCCCCGCUGGCCGCUUCCCGCCGGGGCUCCCGGGGCAGGGGUGCUCAGCUCAGCAGGCACAGCCGCCGCAGCCUGUCAGUCUGCACACCCUGCCCCGGGCAGCAGGGCUGAGACUGCUCCCUGACGAGCUGCAGCAGGGGGACGAGGCCGUGCUCGCUUUCUGCUGCAUGUCCACGGCUGGUGUGCGUAAAGGGGAUCCUCUGGGGCCUCCCAAAGCCCCUCCACCUCCCACCACCACAUGGGAACCUUUUAAGGGAUCUCUUUCCCCAAGGUGCUGGAGAGCCCUGUUCCUGGGGGCCUGGGCUGGGAGGCAGGUGCCCUGCUCAGCACGAGAGCCCCGUUCCUAGGGAAGCUUCCCCGGGGCCAGCUGCCUGUCCAGGCUGUGGGCUGGCUGGGGCAACGGGCACGGGCCUGGCAGGGUGUGUGGCUGAGCUGGUGGGAGCAGCAGCGGGAGAGCUGCAGCAGAGCUGGCCCCAAGCAAAGGCAGCGAUGUGGCGCAUCACCCCCAGGGCCUGUGGCCAGCCCACAGCUGCAGGGGACCGGGAGGGGAGGGAGGACCCCAAAGGGCCAGGUGGCCUGAAGGUGGUGGCAGCCAGCGUAUUGGCUUCAGUGAGCCCAGGACUCUGCAGUGCAAUGCACUCACCAGCACAGCCGGGGCCAUCAGGGACACCUCCAGAACCCCCAGUCCCUGGCCCCCAGCCCUCGGUGCAGGGGCUGCUCUGCACCACUCCUUACAGCAUGUUGUGAGCAUGGGAGAGAGCCACAGUCCAAUGGGGCUGGUCCCCAUCCUCACCCCAGCACCACUUGCACAGCAGCAUCGUGUCGUGCUCACACUAGGGCCAGCGCCUGCCCCCACUCACCCCCAGCCCAUGGCAGCUCAUGGUGGGACAGGCACCUGCCGCAUGGCCCUUGGGCCCCCUCACUGCAGCCCUGUGCCCAUCACUGCAGUCCUGGAGCCCAUCACUGUAGCGCUGGGACCCAUCCCUGCAGCCCAGGGGCCCGUCACUGUAGCGCUGGGACCCCUCACUGCAGCCCUGUGCCCAUCACUGCAGCCCUAGGGCCCCUCGCUGCAGCCCUGUGCCCUGGCACUGUGCCCUGGCUGCUGACAGUUGCAGAGGUGGAUGCAGAGCGAGGGGCAGCAGCCCCACACCUGGGUGAGCACGCCUGUGGUGUCAGGGAGCUGCCAGGUUGCCUGAGAAGGGGCAUCUGGAGGAAUUCCCUUCCUGUCACACUUCUCCCAGACCCACUCCGUAGCCUCAGCCCAAAGCACGUCAGCACCAUGGCUGCACCCUCAGCCCCAAACAUUUUAUCACAACAGCCAAAACGUGUCACUUUUGCACCCUUCCUCCCCAUUCCCCACCAGCCCCUCUGCAGCCCCUCUGUCCAUAGCCCCAGGGCUCCCUUGGUGCUGCAUGACCUGGGCACAGCUCUGUGCCCGCUCCCCACCACAUGUGUGUGGGUCCCUGGUGCUGGGGGCCCUGGGAGCUGCCUGGACAUGGGGCAGUGGCACAGGACAAGGAUCUGUGGCGGCCCCGAGGGGGCUGCAGGGCCCUGGGACUCCCGGGGGACCCGAGGCAGCUCUGGAAGGGGAGAAAGGGCAGCACAUGGACCCUGCCAUGGUUCUUGGUGCAGGCUGCUCUCGACCCCGGGCUGUCCUGCUCUCAGGGAGCUGGCCGAGGGUGCCAUGGGCCCCAUGGCCACACAGCCCCACUCAUCACUGCCUGUCCAGGGCAGGGGGUGGCGAGGGGUUACUCCCUUGCACAUGGAGCAGACCCCAGCAGCAGACAUAGCCACAGCUGCUGCCUGCAGCAGAGCAGCCCCACUGCGGGCUGGGGGUACGGCCACACUGCUGCCUGCAGGCUGGGGGACACAGCCACAGCUGCUGCCUGCAGCAGAGCAGCCCCACUGCGGGCUGGGGGAUAUGGCCACACUGCUGCCUGUGGGCUGGGGGACACAGCCGUAGCUGUUACCUGCAGCAGAGCAGCCCCAGCCCCAGCCAUGGCCACGCUGCUGCCUGCAGCAGAGCAGCCCCAGCCCCAGCCAUGGCCACGCUGCUGCCUGCAGCCAGGAGCCCCAGCCAUGGCCACGCUGCUGCCUGCAGCCAGGAGCCCAGCCUCCUGUUAUUUAUUUUUACACAUUGUACUAGGAUCCCUGUUUUGUACUUUGUUUGUACCUUUUGUAUCGUGUCUCGCUGAGCUGCAUGUAUUGGGCUGCUCACCGGCCUGCACCCUGGGCCACUCCAGCACAGCCUGGACCCAAGUGCCAACCUCUCAAAUGAAAUGCCUUAAUAAACCACACUUGUUUGUAUAGA